UGGCUUGAAGUCACUCAGAGCAUCAGUGAUGUCUUGCCAGUCCAGAAAGUCUUUGGUCAACAGUGGCCCCCGAGUCAUAUGACUUAUGUGAACUGGUCUCGUUGCUUCUUCGAAAACGGCAGCGAAAAUGAAAAAUGGAAGAAAAGCUGAAGUGAAACUGCUGCCUGUUUUCUGCGUGGUUUGUUUUAACUUCACUGGACUCAGCGUCCAGUCCACAAAUGACACUUUUUACGUCCUGACAGAGCAGGUGUGCAGGAUAUUCUCCUGUUUUUCUGCAGUUAAUGCCUGCUUUGAGAGGUCUGUGAUGUCAGACUGUGAUUCCUACUACCCGUCUCAUCAGAGGAUCUGCGAGAACAAACUCCUCUGUGAAGGAUGUGAGGGUUCAGAGGAUGGAGACAGGAGGCUGAAGAGGAGAGAGAAGAACCGAGUUGCAGCCCAGAAGAGCCGGAAGAGACAAACACAGAGAGCCGACCUUCUGCAUGCUGUAUGUGUGUGGGCCUGUGAGCUGUUGGAGCAGAGGAACAGAAAGCUGAAACGAGAGGUGGAUUCCCUGUUUGAGGAGCAGCGCCUGCUGAACGAGGCUCUCAGGGCCCAUGAGCCGUUCUGUCCCAUCAUGCACUGCUCCUUUGCCUCCUCCACGUCCUCCAGCCUGCAGCCUGACGCCGUGGCAGCCCGCUCAGUCUGAGGCGGGACGCGUUUCUGACCACAGCGUCCAGGGGAACUUCAGCCACUCAUUGUGUAAUGUGCCAGUAAGGCCCUGGAGGGCGCUGUUGACCACGAAGACAACUAUUGUGAUCACAGUGAAUAGCGCCCUCUGGUGGUUAAAGCCUUUACUACUGCAGCUCAUGUUCUUAAGGUAAUUCCCUUUAUGGAUGCAGGAGGUUUCACUCCCCUUUUAUUCUUGAUUUCCUCUGCCAUAUGAGUGCAUGACUUUGAUUCCAAUCUCAACAAGGAAUCAAAUACAUAUUUUCCAAAAAUAAAAAAUAAAAAUGAACAGAAUGUCAUACAAUAUGUGUGAUGAAGAUCUUUUUUAAAUGUGUUCAAAUAAACCCAGUUAAUCAUGAAUUCUUAUGUACUAGUUUAUAUUCAGAUAUUCUACUGCCAAACAUUAGUUUAUGUUCCAUUAAAGAGAAUUAAGCGCACUUUAAUAUUUUUUAAGUUUGAAAUCAUUAUUUUUCGUCAGCAUGAAGUAUAAAAACCAUAAGAAGCAAAGUUGUUCUUGCAGUUUAUUCCAGUUUCAUGGGCGGUUCUGUGACAAGUGCACAGGAAGUUCUUAGGGAGCCCCAUCGUUUUU